AUGGAAGCUCUUGGUACCCAACCGCGUUAUCUCUACAAAAUCAUCGCCUCCAACGCGCCCAUCCGUGAGCCGAUCCCCGAGCGCCUGCCGGUCAGCGAGCUCGACCAAAACUCGGGAUUCAUCCAUCUCUCCUUGGCACACCAGGUGGCCAACACGUUGAACCAUUUCUUCCAAGAUGAGCCGGUUGUGUAUAUUUUGCGCAUCGAGUACGUGCAAGUCAUGCAAGAUAUUCGCUGGGAGUCCCCCGACGCAAAAGUGUGUGGGCCCCGGCCGGGAGAGGGUUUAUUCCCGCAUCUGUAUAAUGGACUAAAGCUGGGCAAGGAGGAGGUGGAGAGUAUCGCGAUAUGGCAAAAUGAGGAUGGAUGGGAGAAGGCUCUAAAUGGGGCGGAGCCAUGGCUAUUGUACUGA